AACCGUCUCUCACUCGACUUGAGGACAGAUGUGACUCGAAGUACGGCGGGUGGCGGUGUACCUCAAACAAAACUUUUCCAGUCUAUACCAAAAUAACUAAAUCAUAUUUAAGACCCGAAAGAGGACGAAGUAAGCUUACCAGAACUGGACAUCUGCGCGGGGAUUUCCAUCUUUUUUUUUAGUUUUAGUAUUUUGGGGUUUUAUUUUGUUUCACUUUUCGAGGAGAGGCAAGAAGGAUUGUCAAUACAAGAUCUGCACACACAAGACAUACACCAUGAAAGUACAGAGCGGACUUUGCAUCUGCGCGUUGGCCAUUGUGACGUUAUCGAUCGUAGCGGAAGCGACCUAUGACCUCCAGAGAUUACUAGGCCUUGACGCGGAAGACCAGUAUUUUAAACGAGACGGCACAGACCUGGACCAAGAAUUCGACGGAGAGUGGGAGGAUCUCCCUUUCAAAAGAGGGGUCGGCACCCAAAAGUUCAUUGCUUGUUUUCACCCUGGCCUACGGACGAAAUGUUUUUGCGAUAGAACGAAACCAAAAUACAGCAAGCACUAUUUCUAUUACUGUAGAGGUACCAGACGCCAUGGGAUGCUUCGUCCUGUCUGAGUAAAGUCUUUGAUUUCCUCGUCUUUGAUUUUUUCGAUCAUCAUUUUUGCAGCUUCUUGCUUUGCUACUUAAGAUAUUCCAUGGAUUGUGUAUGGCGGAUAUUCCACCAAACAAAGGGUGUGAUGAGUUCCGUGAAUCAUUAACAUUUCUGUUUCCUGAUGGGUCUAUGAUUAUUUCGGAAAUUUUUUUUUGUUUUGGUACUUUGCCAUCAGAAAUUACUUAGCAACCAUAUUCUUCACGCAUCAAACGCUAACAUAGUCAUGUUUUGCACAUAGACAAGUAUUGUUACACUAUUGUGCUUGAGGACAUGAUAAUUAUCGUGUCAAAUCAUAACGACUUCUUGGCUUUAUGAGUCGAUAUGGUCGUGCAAUUAUAUUUUAGCUCACCGGGUCGCCACCCAAAGCUCACAUGUUAGCAUGGUGACCUGAAGAUACGCCUAUACAUCGCAAAAGCUGCGGUGUUAAUUUAACACCAGUCCGGAAUUUAUAUUUGACCACUCAAGAGAAGUGUUGAAACAACACCGGUUUGAAAUUAAAUCUAAAAAUUUUAAUACUAAUUGGUGCUGUACAAACGCAUAUCUGGAAUUAGUCCAAAACCAAAGCGGUGUUGUUUUAACACUUCUCUGAUGUGGUCAUAUAUUGAUUCCGGACUAGUGUAACAUUAACACCGCAAUUUUUGCAGUGCACACUCUGAUACGCCAUCAUUACAUGUUUGCCCUUUAGUGCUAAACUUUGGAGGAUACCUUUAUAUGGCCAUCUCGGUCUUCUAAGCAAAUAAUCAUAAGUCGAUAUGGCAGAUUAGAUACCUCGAUUUCUCUUAAAGCAUAAUUGAACUUUAAAGUUUCCAUAUUAUUGCAUUAAAACAACAUUUAAAAUAUUAUUCUAUCA